CCCCAGCUGGAUGUAGUGGCCUGGCCUGGCAGGAGGGGCGGCCCAGCGGGGGUCGUGCCUCCUGGAGCCGCCCCCAGGACGUGAGUCCUGGAGGAGGCGACGGUUGCUCAGUUGUUGAGAAGACUAUGAACAGGUCAGAGAACUUGUUCUUUCCCGGUUCUUCAUUAGCAUCCCAAGUUCAUGCUGCUGCUAUUAAUGGAGAUAAGGGUGUUCUUCACAAGCUUAUCGUAGGGAACUCUGCCCUUAAAGACAAAGAAGAUCAAUUUGGGAGAACACCACUUAUGUAUUGUGUGUUGGCUGACAGACUGGAUUGUGCAGAUACUCUGCUGAAGGCAGGAGCAGAUGUUAAUAAAACUGACCAUAGCCAGAGAACUGCCCUCCAUCUUGCAGCUCAAAAGGGAAAUUAUCGUUUCAUGAAACUCUUACUUACACGCAGAGCAAACUGGAUGCAGAAGGAUCUGGAAGAAAUGACUCCUUUACACUUGACUACUCGGCACAAGAGCCCUAAAUGUUUGGCACUUCUGCUGAAGUUUAUGGCACCAGGAGAAGUGGAUACACAGGAUAAAAACAAGCAAACAGCUCUGCAUUGGAGUGCCUACUACAAUAACCCUGAGCAUGUGAAGCUGCUCAUCAAGCACGAUUCUAACAUUGGAAUUCCUGAUGUCGAAGGCAAGAUCCCACUUCACUGGGCAGCCAACCACAAAGAUCCAAGUGCUGUUCACACAGUGCGAUGCAUUCUGGAUGCUGCUCCAACAGAGUCUUUACUGAACUGGCAAGACUACGAGGGUCGAACACCUCUUCACUUUGCAGUCGCUGAUGGGAAUGUGACAGUGGUUGAUGUCUUGACCUCAUACGAAAGCUGCAAUAUAACAUCUUACGAUAACUUAUUUCGAACGCCGCUUCACUGGGCAGCUUUGCUAGGCCAUGCACAGAUUGUCCAUCUCCUUUUAGAAAGAAAUAAGUCUGGAACCAUUCCAUCUGACAGCCAAGGAGCAACACCCUUGCACUAUGCAGCUCAGAGUAACUUUGCUGAAACAGUUAAAGUGUUUUUAAAACAUCCAUCAGUAAAAGAUGAUUCAGACCUUGAAGGAAGAACAUCCUUUAUGUGGGCUGCUGGGAAAGGCAGUGAUGAUGUCCUUAGGACUAUGCUGAGCUUAAAAUCUGACAUUGACAUUAAUAUGGCAGAUAAAUAUGGAGGUACAGCUUUACAUGCUGCUGCACUUUCUGGCCAUGUCAGCACCGUGAAGUUAUUACUGGAAAAUAACGCUCAAGUAGAUGCUACUGAUGUCAUGAAACAUACUCCACUUUUCCGAGCCUGUGAGAUGGGGCACAAAGAUGUGAUUCAGACACUCAUCAAAGGUGGAGCGAGGGUGGAUCUAGUCGACCAAGAUGGACAUUCUCUUCUACACUGGGCCGCGCUGGGAGGAAAUGCAGAUGUUUGCCAGAUCCUGAUAGAAAAUAAGAUCAACCCAAAUGUGCAGGACUACGCAGGGAGAACCCCACUGCAGUGUGCUGCCUAUGGGGGCUAUAUCAACUGCAUGGCAGUGCUCAUGGAAAACAACGCAGACCCUAACAUUCAAGACAAAGAGGGAAGAACAGCUUUGCACUGGUCCUGUAACAAUGGAUACCUUGAUGCCAUUAAGUUACUUCUAGACUUUGCUGCUUUCCCUAAUCAGAUGGAAAACAAUGAAGAGAGGUACACCCCCCUGGAUUAUGCUCUGCUUGGGGAGCGUCAUGAAGUGAUCCAGUUCAUGCUGGAGCAUGGUGCCCUGUCCAUCGCAGCUAUACAGGACAUCGCUGCCUUCAAGAUCCAGGCCGUCUACAAAGGGUACAAGGUCCGCAAAGCUUUCCGAGACCGGAAAAAUCUCCUCAUGAAGCAUGAACAAUUGAGAAAGGACGCUGCUGCCAAGAAACGAGAAGAAGAAAACAAGCGGAGAGAGGCAGAACAGCAGAAAGGAAGGCUAAGCCCAGAUUCCUGCAGACCCCAUGCUGCUCUCUGUCUGCCCAGCACCCAAGCUGAGCCCCAGAGCCAGAGCUGGGCCCCCAGCAAACAGCCCCCCUGCAGCGACAAGGCCCAAGGCCCUGAGCGGAAAGCCUGUAGACGGUCUCCAGGUAGAGGGUCUCCAAGCAGAGCCCCCCAGAAGGAGCAGCAGCUCUCCUCAGACUUGCAGAGAACAGAACCCAGAAAACCAAAUGAAACAGCCAGAGAACAUUCUAAAGGCCGAUCUGCCUGUGUCCACUUCAGCCCCAGUGAAGGCAGUGAUGGGAACAGGCGUCCGGGAGUCCCCCCUGCUGAGAAGCCCAGAGGUGAGACAGCUGGGGAGCAGCACUGUGACAAGGGGAAAGGCUCCUCCAAGCAGCCCUCCCAUGUCAAGGGGGCUGGGCCCGAUGUGGAAGGCAAGGAGGCCAGCUGGGCAGCUGCAAGCCUUCCACAGCAGGACAGCCACUGGAAGGCCAGCCGGCGGCAGGACGCAGCACCCAAGGCCAUGCGUGCCUCCCCGAAGAGGCGCAGCCAGGAGCUCAGAGGAGGUAGGCGCUCCCCGGCCGGGUCCAGCCGGCCUGGCAGUGCCAAGGGGGAAGUGGUCCACGCUGGGCAGAGUCCUCUCCACCACCGGACGCCAAGGAACGCAGUGACACAGGACAAGCUCGCAGGAGGGACCUCCUCAGAUUUGCCACCAAGCGCAGAGGUGUUGAGAUCAGGAGUCAGGAAGCUGGGGACAUCGGCCCGGUCUGAGGACACUCGACUACCCAAGGAGACUGAUCCGGCUCCUGGUCCCCUCCCUGGGCAGACUGUGAACAUUGACCUUCUCCCCGUAGAGCUGCGGCUGCAGAUCAUCCAGAGAGAAAGAAGCAGGAAGGAGCUGUUCCGCAGAAAGCACAAGGCCGCAGCGGUCAUCCAGCGGGCCUGGAGGAGCUACCAGCUCAGGAAGCACCUGUCGCACCUCCUGCACUUGAAGCAGCUUGGAGCCAGAGAUAUGGACAGAUGGAACCGAGAGUGCCUGGCUUUGAUCCUCCAGGUUUGGAGGAAGGAACUGGAACUGAAACCCCCAAAGACCAUGGCAGUAAGCAAGACCACCAAGAGUCCACCCAAGGGCAGCUCAGGCACCAAGCCCACCAGGCACUCAGUGCUCAAACAGAUCUACGGUUCUCAAGAAGGGAAAGUACGUCAGCCCUCAAGAUCUUCGAAAGCCCACUCUGUGCUGGGUCUCAACUCAGUGAGCAACUUGCAGUGUAUUCACCUCCUUGAGAACAGUGGAAGAUCACAGAAUUUUUCUUACAACCUGCAAUCAGCUAACCCAUCAAGAAACAAACUAAAGCUUCGACUGCCUAAGGAAGGAAGACUGUGCCCAGGGGGCUCGGAUAACUAGUGCAGACUUCAAGUUCUCUGAUUAGCGUUUACACUUUAGGCAACUUUAAUAUCCCAAAGCCUUAUUAGCCUGAAAAUGUGGUAACAACUGAAAAGAAAUGUGUUUUCCUUCUGCUCUCACAUAGCACUGUUUUGUAAAUUCUUCACCUGCACUGAAGGGACCAGUGUAGUCCAUACCUGUGCAGAACUGCCCAUCUGCCUCCACUUCAAUAGGAAUGGAAAAGACUUUAUAGUAACAAUGAGUCUAUGUAGAACUAAGAAAAGUGAGCACUGAAGAUGCUGCUGGGUUGGGAUUUCUCCCUGCCAGCUGGUGCAAGCCUGGCUUUGUUGACUCCAGUCUGAAGAACCUAAGUGAGAUGCAGAGGAGCCUGGCCCACAGCAACUGCCUUCAGCUCACUACCUUUCAGCAAUCAAAUGCAAUGAACUUCAUUAUAGACACCACAUCCUGUUAUAAUUUUUAGACGAGAGUCAUGACCCAGUGUUUGCUUUUAGAGAUUGUAAGACUGUACCAGGUAUAUCGUUGAUGGCUUACAUUUUAGUUUCCACGUCAGCCUCUGGAGGCCACAGGUGGCUGCCAUGUCCUCUCGGUGAGCAGCGUUCCUUCCGCUGAGCACUGGCGGCUGCACCUAGCCCCAAGGCCUCAGUCGGCAGGCCUACAGACCAGAUCAUUCACGCACAGGGUGCCAGCUUGGGCCUUAGCCUCCUACUUCUAUUUUCUGCGUGACCUGCAGAGGUGAGCCAUCUUGUCAAAUUGCCUUUCCUCUGGCACUGUACGAACUGUGCAUUCCAGCUCUUGAAGAACAUCUGGUUUAAAUAAAAUCAGUGAUUAUGGGCUUCUUCGUAUCUACUAAGGGCAAAGCUACUAGGAAUGUAGACAGGCAGAAACAAUGACAUAUUAGGCUCGCAGGUAUUUCUAGGACUGCUUCUGUUUUAAGAUUACUGCCACCCCUGUCUUGACAGUAAGAGACGGGAAACAACAAAGUGUUAAACACUUGGAUUUUUUUUUAACAGUUGGCUAAUUACAUCAUUAUUGUGAAAAUGAUUAUAACAAAAAUUAUAAUCACUAGUAGAAAAAUCAUUUUUUAAGAGUUUUGCAGCUCAGACCAAACACCACUUAGGUAUAGGAAAAUUCACAACAAUGGGAGUACUAUCUUGAAAUCCUGCUAGAAAUCCUCUGUAAACAACACAACUCCAAGGCAAGAAGCAACCACUCCCAAACCAAACCAAAAUCUAGUCUGUUGCUGUCUGAAUGAACUGGGACUGAGAACACACAGAAUGAGGUUUGCCUAGAUGGGGCCAAAAAGAUUCAGCUGGUUUCUUAGAAUAUAAGAGAAAGUACCAUAUUAUUGCUGUGUAUUUUAUAUAUACUUAGCUAUGAGGAUGUAUAUACUUAACCACACAUCACACGCUAAUCCAAGAAGCCAGCCUGUGCAUCAGUGGCAACUCCCAAGCAUUAUUUUCCUGUUUCAGUGCAAAGGAAAGGUUCAUAAACAGCUUCUUUAAAAGUUCAGCUUUAAUGACAAACAUUUAUGACAUCAGUCUCUCUUCAAAAUUAGAUGUGAAUAAACAGUUUCCAACAGAGGUACU